UAUUAGCAUCGAAAGCCGCCUAAUGAGAAAAAGAAAAAAAAAAAAGUUACAGCAAAAACUGAGGAGACCGACUAAACCUUAUUUUAUACGAAUGGGAUUGCAAGUUGAAAGGCAUAAUGUGAGAUACAGGACUUGGACAGUUGGACUUAUGUCUUGCACUUCAACUUAACUUUGCUACCCGCUACUCAGCUGCUGUCUUUGAGGUCUGAGAUAAAAGAAAAGAAUAAGCAAAGCAUAUUAAUAAUAAUAAUAAUAAAAAAGAAAUGGAGAAGGGAAAGAGACAAGUGGUUGUUUCAGGUUUGCAAUUCGCUUGUACCGAUGAUGUCCCCACCAAUCUCGCUACUGCCGAGAGGUUGGUUAGGGCUGCUCAUGGAAAGGGAGCGGAUAUCAUUCUUAUUCAGGAAUUAUUUGAGGGUUAUUACUUUUGUCAAGCACAAAGGGAGGAUUUCUUUCAGAGAGCUAAGCCUUAUAAGGAUCACCCUACCAUUCAGAGGAUGCAGGCACUUGCAAAAGAGUUGGGUGUGGUGAUACCUGUUAGUUUCUUUGAAGAGGCAAACAAUGCCCAUUUCAAUUCUGUAGCUGUCAUUGAUGCUGAUGGGACUGAUCUUGGACUAUACAGGAAAUCUCAUAUCCCCGAUGGACCAGGAUACCAGGAAAAGUUCUACUUUAAUCCAGGUGAUACAGGCUUUAAGGUUUUCCAGACUAAAUUUGCAAAGAUUGGAGUUGCGAUAUGUUGGGAUCAGUGGUUUCCAGAGGCAGCCCGUGCUAUGGUUUUGCAAGGUGCUGAGAUAUUGUUUUACCCUACGGCUAUUGGCUCUGAACCACAAGAUGAAGGACUUGAUUCUUGUGAUCAUUGGAAGCGAGUGAUGCAAGGGCACGCUGGUGCAAAUGUGGUACCUCUCAUAGCUUCUAACCGCAUUGGAAAGGAAAUAAUUGAGACAGAACAUGGAAAUAGUGAGAUUACGUUCUAUGGCAAUUCCUUUAUAGCUGGACCAACUGGGGAAAUUGUUGCAGCUGCUAAUGACAAAGAGGAAGCUGUUCUUAUUGCACAGUUUGAUCUUGAUAAAAUCAAAUCCAAGAGAAGUAGCUGGGGAGUGUUUCGUGAUCGACGGCCUGAUUUAUACAAGGUGCUUCUGACAUUAGAUGGCAGAAACCCAUCAUCAUGAUUCAGAGCCGCGUUACCUUACUUCGUUGUUGUAGAGAUGAUCAGUGAGAGUUCCCUUCGCUGCCAUGUCCUAUUUUCAAGACUUGAAAGAACAGAAUGACAUGUUUAGAUGACUUCCCAUUAAUAUGAAAUAACAUCAAUAAGUAAAACCAAAUUUUUCAGUGUUCUUACUGUUUGUGUUUCUGGCCGGUCUCUCAACUACUUUAUUCUUCCCAAUACCACCCGUGAUGCGAACUUGAGUCAGGGGCAUGGGGCUUACCAGUCCAGAGGCCAAGGCUCCAAACAUGGCAGAAGAGCCCUGCUUAGGUCAAGAUUUUUGUAAUGGGAUGAAAGUCAAAAUACUUGGGAAGUUACAAAUAGGAAUGACCUUGGAUAACUAAAACCAAUAGCCAGAUAGCUGCUACGAAACCGUUACUUGCAGCAUGUUAUUUAGCACGCCCUUGCAAUGAAAACAAACAAGAAAAAUUCUCUGAUCAAUCUUCCCCUCUUUUCUGCUUCCUUAUCUUUACCAUUUCUGCCUUUCCUUCUCUGUUCUUUUCCUGCAGAUUCUAUCAGCCCGCCACCCCCUGCCGCCCCUAUGGGACCCUUUGUGUAGCAAAGCAGCAGAAUCACGAAGUUGGUAGCAUCCCGUUGGUCCUGAGCUAUCCAUUAGAGGAUACUAACUUGUAAGGUUUGCCUAGUGGACCACUUUAUCGUAUCAUCGAGUGGUUCAAAGUACUACCAGUUUUACCUUUGGCUCGUUUGAUAUCCAAAUCUCUUUUUUCUUCUAAGCCUUUUGCUAUCGAAAUGGAUCUCGCUGAUCCCCAAAAUCUGCCUGCUAGCCAUUCACCGGAGAUAAAACGUGUCUAUUGAGAUUGUUCUCAAAUUUCUUAUCUUCCCGAUCGGAAGGGGAUUAUUUAACGAUUUGACAUAUCCUUGUUUUGUGAUAAUUCAAGUUUAUAUAUGCUUGUUGAAUAUGUUGCAGCUAAUCUUUUGGAUUCAAGUUCCAAAUUUUUACCUGCCCUUACAAUUUCAAAGCUUACAAAACAUUAUUCGUUUGCUCUCACAUUCCAAUUUUGCUGGUAACUUGAAAAAAUAGUGUUCGAAUCUCAAGUUUCUAUUUUUCAUUCUUAGAUUAUCAUCUUUUUUGUCAAAAAAAAAAUAAUAAUGUCGCCGUAAAAUCUGAAAAUUGGUCUUCUCUUUAGAUAUUUCAGUGUCAGCUUCAAUAAAUCUAUGGAAUUGAAGUUUGAUUAUGGCAUUGAAAUUUUUUCGUGAUGUUUAAACCGUUAUAGUACUCCAAUAAUCACAUUCAAACUUCAAAUGAACACUAAAAAAAAAAA